AUGCCUUCGUCAAAAGAAAAGCAAGCGGCUUGGAUCGCAGCAAACCGAGACUAUCUGAUCAGGCGGCUGAAUGCUGAUAGUCAUCGACCAUACUUUCCACAGCAUGCAGACGGGAGUGUGGCGAAAGAGCUGGGAGAAAUGACGUACGAAGAAGUGGCCAGGCGCUUGUUGCAGCUCACCUACCUGUCAGGCCGAGGCUGGAUAGAUUCAUCUUGGCGCCUCCUCAUGGGAGAUUGGUUGCGCAGGACCGAGGAACGCUUCGUCAAGGUGGAUCCGGGCACGAGCGCUCCAAAGACUUCUGUCAUACAAUCAUACAUCGAAUUGGACGAGGGCACGCCGGCGUUGGACAGAUUCUUCGAUGCCUACCUCAGGGCCAAAAAGGCAAUCUUGGCAGCUGAAGAUGUCAGCUUGUUCAUCGAAAUGUGCAGGCGAAGGGGGACCAAGCCUGUGCCAUUCAUUCCUGUUCUCGACUCUGAUCUCAAGACGUGGUUCAAGAAAGGUGGGUCUGCAUCGUCUCGACCGCCGACGCGCGCCUUCACUGACGCGUUUGCUCCCACCAGACUCGCUCUGGCAGAGCGAAGACCUGGAUGCCGUGGUUGAUCGUGAUCCUCAAAGAGUGUUCAGUGAGUAGUGAUCCAUGCGGCAGGCGACGCGGCGCGCGACGCUUUGAGCUGACACGCUUUUCUCCCUCAGUCCUGCAAGGACCAGUGGCUGCUCGCCACUCCACCAAGGCUAACGUUCCUAUCAAGGAGAUGCUAGGCGAUGUGGAGCAAGGCCUCAUAACGAGAACGCUGAAACGUUACUAUGACGGCGACGAGAGCAAGGUACCCUCCGUGGACUAUUUGGGUCCUCAGCCUCCAGCUCUCAACACUGCUGCUUUGCUCAAGCAACACGACAUCAAGGCGACCCAGGGCGCCGAUGGCCGCUCCAUGACGUAUCAGCUAGGGUCGAGUCUUCCCCCGUCAGACGACUGGCUGGAAUUGCUUGCUGGCCGCUCCGCUGGAUGGUUUAGAGCUCUGCUGCGGAGCGUCAGCAUCGUGCAGGGCAAAAGCUACGCGGACAAUCCGAUUUCGCGCAUCCUUGCACCUCGCAAGAAUCAGCAGGUCGAGAUCACGAUGGACCCAGUCUCUGGCAGGCCCCUCGGACUGAUAGCGCGAGGAGCCGCCCGCUCGUACGGGCCCCACGACCCAAGCUUCAAGAGUGUUGAAGUCUCUCGAGACGCCGACUUGAUCAAGGUCCUCAUUUUUGAGCAAGUCAAGGGAAAGGGCGUACCUCUGGAGCUUCAAUUCCGCUACGUCCCAUCACAAGCUUUUGCGCCAAUCCACGAAAUCAUGACGGGACGCAACGAGCGCAUCAAGACCAUGUACCGGGGCGUCUGGGGUCUUGCUCCACGCGCAGCAUCGCAAGCGGCGCAAGAGGUCUACACUUCAGAGCCUCAGCUGCUCGACGCGCAACUCGUUUCAACGUUUUGCCGCGUCGUUGGCCUCAAUAAUACUGCUUACCACGAGCAAGUCAGUGCUCCUCUUGAUGCGGCCAUCAUUAUCGGAUGGGCGCCCAUCAUGGAGGCUGCCAUGUCCGUGGAUGCCGACUUGCUGCGACUUGUGCACCUCAGCAACAGCUUCAAGCGCCACUCUGGAGCAGACGUGCUGCGCAUUGGAGAAAAGUACACUUCGAGCGCAUACGUCAAUUCGAUUCGCAUCACGCCCACCGGCAAGUCGGUCAGCGUGCUCGGCACGGUCUCGUUGCAAGACAAGGCGACGGGCACGUUGCACCCAAUCGUCGAUGUCGAGAGCUCGUUUUUCUUUCGCGGAGCAUUUACAGACUUUGGCACGACGUUUGAGAAGAGCGAAGAGCGCUACAUUGUCGAAAUCAAGUCGGCAUCGGAUGCGGCCGUCUUGCAGAGCAAGGAGUGGUUCACUUGGACCGGCACCACUCCACUCAAAGCUGGACUCAAGCUGGAGCUGCAUGUCAAGUCGGACGUCAAGUUUGGCAACGACGCGUCUUCCUUCCAGGAGGUCGACGUCGAAGGAGGCGCAUACAUUCGCGACAUUGUCGACGGCAAGCUGAUUUCUGUGGGGGGGAUCGAAUACAUUGCAGAGGGCAAGAGGUGCGUCGAGGGUCAGAGGGUUGAUUGCUUCGUGGUUGCCUGCUGAUUUGCGCUCCUCUACAGCUACGGCAAUCCUGUCGUCGAAUACAUUAAGCGGCUGGGAGGCAGCACGCUCGGUCCUGUUCCCUUGGAAGGCGGUGGAUACUCGCUUCUAGUCGGCGCCGAGUCAUCGACGUUUGUUGCGCCCGCUACCAACGCGCCGUAUUCGGCUGCCAGCGGCGAUUACAAUCCCAUCCACAUCAAUCCCUACUUUUCCGACUUUGCCGGGCUUCCUGGUACGAUUACCCACGGCAUGCAUUCUUCGGCAGCUGUGCGACGAAUCACGGAAGAAGUGGCAGCAGAAGGGCACCCGGAACGUUUCCGUUCCUACUCGGCCAACUUUACCGGCAUGGUCCUGCCUGGCGACACGCUCGAGGUCAGCUUGCGCCACAUUGCCAUGCACGAUGGCCGCAAGAUUGUCAAGGUGUCGGCCGUCAAUCAACGCGGAGAGAGCGUGCUGGAGGGUGAAGCGAUGAUAGACCAACCUCCUACGGUGUACACUUUUACGGGCCAAGGAUCGCAAGCCGUCGGCAUGGGCAUGGAUCUGUACGACAGCUCGCCCGUCGCCAAACAGAUUUGGGACAGGGCAGAGCGCCACCUUCAGACCACCAUGGGCAUCAGCGUUCUGGACAUUGUCAGACACAAUCCCAAAUCGCACACUUGCCAUUUUGGAGGCGUGGCCGGCGCUCGAAUUCGAUCGCAAUUCAUGGGCAUGUCCUUUGAGGGACCAGAGGGGAUCAGCAGACCCCUGUUUCCAGAGAUUACAAACACGAGCACUAGUUAUACCUUUGACUCUCCUGAUGGGGUGAGUUGCGACAUUCUAGCUCGACGUAACGAGCAGCCACUGACGAUUUCUUGCCUCUGAUCCCACGCAGCUCCUCUUCAUGACUUCCUUUGCGCAGAUCAGCAUUGUGCUGGUCGAAGUGUGCGCCUUCAACGACAUGAAGUCGCGGGGACUCAUUGAUCCCGAGGCGCCAUUUGCCGGGCAUUCGCUGGGUGAGUUGAUGGUGAAUCGCUCUCCGAUCUCCUUGCGAGGCUGCUGACCGGUCCACUCUGCUUCACCGGCGCUCCCGCAGGCGAAUACGGCAGUCUUGCAGCAGGAGGCUGUCUGUCCAUCGAGGACCUGUGCGACGUCUGCUUGCGUCGAGGUCUGACGAUGGAAAGGGCCGUGGCGCGCGACGAGCAUGGUCGAACAGAUUAUGGUCUGAUGGCCGUCGCGCCUGCACGCAUCGGUCUCACCGACGAGCUCUUUGCCCACAUUGUUGGCGAGAUUGACGGAUUCAACGGAAGCUUUGUCCAGGCUAUCAAUUACAACGUCGCCACGCUCCAGACCGUCGUUGCGGGUAACCUGAAGGGCUUGCAGACACUCACGCAUACUCUCAACGGCAUCGCCGCCGCUCUCAAGUAG